AUGCCUCGACGCCAGACCUUUGCCUGUUCCCGUUGCUACAAGCGGAAGAAACGCUGUGACGCCAAACUCCCUGCAUGUAGCAACUGCAAAGCUGUUGGAGUCAAGUGUGUAGGCAUCGACCGCGAGUCGGAGCAUGAUGUCCCCAGAAGCAUCGUGCAUUUUCUGGAGCAGUCUAUUGCCGAAAAGGAGAUUGAGAUCGCCGCCUCGAAAGAUUCAAUCACCUUCAAUGCCACGAGCGCUCUGGGGAGUCUAUCUGGCUCUGGUUGUGACAGUACUCUCUUGGGAGGAGUUGAGAGUGCGACCAUCGACGCUGCAUAUGGUUCAGUCGACGCACUGUUGGAGGUUACCAUUGACGCUCGCAAAGUGCUGUCAGAGGUCCAGGCCUUCAAAGGCCAGCUGACGCUUCCUUAUUUGAAUGUCCUACUUAGCGAGUCUCAUCUUCCAACACCCCUGUGCCGACCAGUGGCCGGGGACGAAUUACAGAUUCGGGCUGUUGCGAAAAGAAAAGAACCGCCCUUGCUUCCAGACGCUGUGGCUCGCAAACUCUUCGACGUCUACCUCGAAAGGAUCCUGCCACAGUAUCCUUUCUUCCUCCGGGACGACUUGCAGGAGAUCUUUGAUUCGGUCCGUAACCCUGAACAAGCAUCUUUGGCACCUCCGCCGUGCAACUCCUUCAUUGUGUAUCAGAUCAUGGCCAUCACCACCAUGACCUCCAAGGCCACCGAUUCCCGAAGGACCAUGUCGCUUGCUGAGUCUCUGCAUGCAGGCGCCUUGAACUACAUAAGCAGUGUGCUAGCCAGGUCCAGCCUCCGAACCAUACAGUGUCUCUUGCUCUUGGUUCAGCUGGCCUUUCUGCUCCCGCAUACCGGGGAUCUAGCUCAUCUGGUGAACGAAGCCAUGCGCAUGUCCAUCGAACUCGGGCUACAUCAAGGGAAUUCGGGGUGUUCUGAGCGUUCACCCGCCACGGUGGAGCUUCGGCGCAAAGUUUUCUGGGCGACAUAUGCCUUGGAGAGAUCCGUCAGCAUACUCGGCCAUCGAUGUUUUGCUAUCCGAGACGAGAACAUCGAGGUGGAAUUCCCGUCAGCCCCAGCAACCACCGACGACGACGACGACGACGACAACGACAACAACAACAACAACGGCGAGCAAUCCCCCGACACGCGAGACCAUAUACGCUUCUUCAACACCCUGCGAUCUCGACAGAUCCAGUCCGAGAUCAGCGGCGUACAGUUCUGCAACAAGUCAUUUACCAAUCCCUCCUACGCCGAUUGGGUGGUGGAAAUGGACCAAAUGGUUCUUGAUUGGCGAAGUCAGGCGGUCAACAUGAGCGACAACUUGCCAGACUGGUUUGACUUUGGCACGUGGUACAGUGUCUUGAUGCUUCACCGUCCUUGCUUGCCCAACCCUAGUCCCGAUGCCGAUUCAACCAUAGCCUGCUUUACCGCAACCGAAAACCUGGUGGGCCAAUACUGGGAAAAUAGCCGUAACCAGCGCUCGAAAUUCCCGUGGCACACCGUCCAUAACUGCUUCGAGGCCGGCAUCGUUCUCCUCUACAAUAUCGGCCGCAGCCCAGAGCUCUUCACCUCCGAGGCCCCCAUCGGUGUUGCCCGUUCCCUAGAUGUUCUGAACCGGAUCUCCAACAUCUUCUACAUCCUCUCUGAACGAUGGCCUGCUGCGUGGAAAUGUGGAGAGUUCUACGACAUGGCCAAGAAAGAGACGUUAAGGAGCUUGUUCAACGUGCCAGGCGCAAGCAGACUUAACAUCGCAUCGUCCAUCCAGAAAACGCUGGACGACAUCGUGUUGCGCCGACCUGGCGAUACUCAGUAUGUCAAGUUUCUGGAAGGCAUGUUUGAGUCGAAGCCCCCGACUGGUGACGACGGCUUCUCGGAGAGUUGGUGGAAUGCUUCCUUUCCGUGGGGACCUUCCCGCCUCACCAAUCCCAACAGUGCAGGCUUUGAUUUCGCCGCGAUGGUAAUGGAGUUUGAUGAUCUCGACUGGACAUACACGACGGCAAACGCCCCGGUCAUGGUCCCCCUUGAUCAGACCUUGACCGGGCUUGAACUCCCAACCAUGUCGUUCCAGGCUCAAAUCCCGAGUUCGUCAUCGUCUAGUGAAUCCCCUGUUGCAGAGACCUGGCUCAGCACCGCUCUUGAACAACUACCACCCUGUCGGCAUUGCCGAAAGCGGCGAACGAAGUGUGACCGGUUGCUCCCCUCAUGCCGUCAAUGUGUCAAGUCGGGACAAGACUGCAUGUUCUGGGAUGCAGUACUUGGACAGGACACCCCUCGGUCCUACGUCUAUGCCUUGAAGCAGAGAUAUGACAGCUUGAAUGCCAUUCUUGAGCAGAAUCACGCCGAGAAGCAUCAACCCAAUCCCCUUCUGACGGCCGUAAGCAGCUAUUGGGGCUCGACCAUGGACAGUGCAGCCACCAGCAGGAAGUAUGCCUCUAGACCCAAAGAUCUCACAGCCGAACUCCAGCGACCUGUCGAAGUGUCGUCACAAGUGGGACUGAUAAGCGUCGUCAAGCAGAUGUCUAGUCUCACGAUGAGGAUGACAAGCCUCGGGACACCAAUUACCUUUCCCACAGCUCCAAGCAUGCAGGGAGUCUUCCAGUCAAUUCCGCUGCCAACACCUCGCUCGGUCUCUUCCGUCCUAACUUCUCUGCCAACCCGGGAUGUGACUGAGAACAUUGCCCUUCAAUACUAUCAUGGCUUCGAGCUCUUUUAUCCGGUUCUGGGCCUAGAAGGCCUCAACGAGGCGAUAGACUUGGUGUACAACCGACGGUCGGCGGACCAGACAGAGAACUCACAGUCGAUCACGACCAUAUAUCUGAUGCUGGCCAUCAUGACUCGAGUAUCAAGCAAGAAGGAAAGCAGGCUUGCGGAGUGGUCAAGAGCUCUCUUCGAUCGCGCAUUGCUUGAAUUCCAGAGCCUCGGAUCAAAGUUAGGAUAUCCAUCUGCAUCGGCACUGCGAUUGAACCUUCUCCUGUGCUGGUAUCUCUGGUUGGAUCCCGCAUCGGGAAACAUCUGGAGAUUGACUGGGCAAUCAGCGCGUGCCGCAAUGGAUCUACGAGGAGUCCUGAACUCGGGCGACGGUGGGACUUGGGAAGAAUGGAUCAUCUACACAACUCUGUUUCGGAUGGAGAGGUGA